AUGAUAGUAAAAGUAUUUGAUAAAAUAUUUAUAAGUAAUGUAUAUGAUGCAAACAAUGUUUACAAAUUAAUAAAUCUUAACAUAGGAGGUGUAUUGACAUGUUUCGAAUGUAAUGGAAUUGAAUGGUGUGCCAAUCAUGAACAUGAUAAAAAUGAUAAAAAUAAUUUAUUAUUUUAUAAAGAUAAAUUAAUAAAAUUUAAAGGAGAAAUACAAGAUGAAAUAAAUUCCACAAAAACGAUUAAUAACAUAGUUGAUUAUGAUGAUAAAAAAAUAAAUGUUUAUAAAAAUAAAUUACAUGAUGAAUGUGAACAUUGUGAUAAUAUAAUUUUUCCACAAGAAUUGUUAAAUGGAAAAUUAGAAAAUAAUACAAUUAAAGAUUAUAUAAAUUCAAUGAUAGAAAUAGAAAAUGAUGUUGGUAUUUAUUCUUUCCAAAAUAGUCAAUCAAUUUUAAAAGAGACAUCCAAUUUGGAACACACCGGGAGUGGAAAAGUGGGGGAGAGUGGAAAAAUGGUGGAAACUGAAAAAAUGGUGGAAACUGAAAAAAUGGUGGAAAAUGAAAAAAUGGGGGAAAAUGAAAAAAUGGUGGAAAAUGAAAAAAUGGGGGAAAACGCUUGCAUGCAAAAUAUAAGAAAUGUCCAAACAGUUUGUGAAAUGAAUAAAACAAUGAGAAACAAUUUUAGCAUUUCAUAUAAUAAUAUAUAUAAAAUGAAACAUAUGUAUUUAAAUAUAUUAGAUACAUAUGAUGAAAAUAUAUUAAACCAUGUAGAAAAAGCACAUAAAUUUAUAGAUAAUAUAAUUAAUGAAAAUAAAAAUAUUUUAAUUCAUUGUAUGGCUGGAAUUUCUCGAUGCUCCUCUAUAAUAUUAUCAUAUGUUUCUCGAAAAAAUCAAAAAGGAAUUAAUCAUAAUUUUUCAAUACUUAAAAGUAGAUACCCAUUUGCUCAUCCAAACGAUAAUUUUUAUCGACAACUUUUACUAUAUGAAAAAAUGAACUAUAAUUUGGAUGGAUGUAAUGAAUAUCACAAUAUAUAUAAAAAAAUUAAAUUAAAUAAUAAACUUAUUGAAGAUUUAAAAUUUUAUAAUUUAAAUAAUAACAAAGCUCCUACUUCCAAAUACAGUUGCAAAUUUUGCAGACGCAUCUUAUUCAAUAAUAACGACAUAAUUGACCAUGAUACAUCUAAACAUCAAAUAAAAAAGAAGUAUGGAAAUUCCUGUACAAGCAUUUUUAUAGAAAAGAAGGAAUGGAUAAUGACCGAUCACAAAAUGAAAGGCAUUAUAUACUGUCCUAACACUAGUUGCAAUACUAAACUUGGAAAAUGGUCAUGGACUGGAAUAUGCUGUUCAUGUGGAUACUUGCAAAUACCUGCAUUUAUGUUCAAUGACUCUAAUAUUGAUCAUAUAAAAAUUAACAUAAAUUAA